AUGGCUCCAGAGAUCCGGAGCCCCCAAGGCAAAAGUCAGCAUGUGUUCCGGCGCCAGAAGGUGGAGAACGAAUACAGGAUCCAGCCCACCGGUCCUGCGCCUCCUCCAAACUCCCGACACUCAGUCGUAGUCCCCAGCCUUACCUGGCGCCCCCGGAUGUCGCUUACCCCCACAUCUCGGAGCCCUGACCUCGCGCUCCGGCUCUCCCGGUCCCCUCCAGGCCCUUUCCCUCCGGCCGCCCAGCCUUUCCCCCCUCCCCCCCACCGCCCUGGCCAGCCUGAGGCCUCCCCUCCCCCUCCGGCCUCGCCCGCCGCCUCCUCACGAUUACCCCCUCCGGCCGGGCGACUUCCAGGAGCCCGCGACCGGCGCCUCCCUCCGGCCGCCCUUAAGCCCCGCGGGCCUGGCUCGAGGCUGGACGCCGUAGGCCGCCAGCUGAGGCCCGGCCACCUCAACCUCUCCCUCCCGCCGCUGUCAGCAUCGCGGAUUCGGGUUCUCGCUCCCAGUCGGGCGCCCCGGGGCCUCCCCUCUCGGCCGUCGGCCGGAACCUCGGAUGUCCUCGGGCCGCCCCGGCGGGAGGAGGCCGGAAUUGGGCCUGGGGCGGGCCAUCUCACCUGCGCUGUGGCCGCGCUCCGGGGCCUCCCGGCGGGCUCCGCAGCGGCAGCUGGGGCCGGGCCUGGGCCCGGGGCGCGCCCCCCUGCGCCUCGGCCUCGGCCUCCGCCUCUGCGGCCUCCGCGGCCUCCGCCUCAGGAGCAGUGGUAG